AUGGUUCCCCGGCGGUAUAUUCAGUCGUCGUUUGUUUUUAAAAUUGCCGCCCUCCGCCGGUUAACCGCCGGUUCCUUUAAUAAAGCAGUUAAUGAAGCAGGAAUGAGUGGACUAAUAAGGGAUGAUAAAGAAAGAUUUAUAUCAGCUUUUGGUGAAGGAGGGCAGCUUUCUCUUAGGCUCACCGACAUUCGUGAUCUCGGUAAUGGUCGUUGGAGAUGCGACGAGACGGGCCAUGAUCUCCCCGGCAAUGAAAAGGAAUCCUACUCCCAUACCAAGGCCUGCCGCGUCGCCCUAAUCGACGCUGCCCUCGCCAAGAAGAAACCCAUUCUAAAUACCUUUCAACCACACCCCAUCUCCAAGUCGAUGCUGGUUUGCAGUCUGACGGGGGAUGUCAUCAACAAAUCAGAGCAGCAUAUAUGGAAGCAUAUCAAUGGGAGGCGGUUUCUUAAGAAACUAGGUAUUUUUUCCUUUUUCACUGAGAAUCUAUUUCUUGAUGGAAUAAAGUAGUUUUACCGGAUUCAA